GGCGCGGUGGCACCGCGUCUCGCUGGGGGUGCACCGGCGGCUGCUUCCCCGCGGCCCGGCCGCGGCGAUGUGGCUCCGGCCGGAGGAGGUGCUGCUCAAGAACGCGCUGAAGCUGUGGGUGACGCAGAAGAGCAGCUGCUACUUCGUCCUGCAGAGGCGCCGCGGGCACGGCGAGGGUGGAGGGCGCCUCUCGGGUCGCCUGGUUGGGGCUCUGGACGCAGUGCUGGACUCCAAUGCUCGGGUUGCUCCAUAUAGAAUUCUGCUUCAGGUUCCCGGCUCCCAGGUCUAUUCUCCCAUAGCAUGUGGUGCAACAUUAGAGGAAAUAAACCAGCAUUGGGACUGGCUGGAACAAAAUCUCCUUCAUACCUUGUCUGUCUUUGAUAAUAAAGAUGAUAUCGCGAGCUUUGUCAAAGGGAAGGUAAAGGCUCUGAUUGCAGAGGAGACCAGCAGCAGGCUUGCUGAACAAGAAGAAGAGCCCGAGAAGUUUCGAGAGGCCUUGGUGAAGUUCGAGGCCAGGUUCAGCUUCCCUGAGGCGGAGAAGUUGGUCACUUAUUACUCGUGCUGCUGCUGGAAGGGCCGGGUGCCCCGGCAAGGCUGGCUGUACCUCAGCAUCAACCACCUCUGCUUCUACUCCUUCUUCCUGGGCAAGGAGCUGAAACUUGUGGUCCCCUGGGUUGAGGUCCAGAAGUUGGAGCGGACAGCCAGCGUUUUUCUGACAGACACCAUCCGAAUCACCACCCAGAGCAAGGAGCGUGACUUCUCCAUGUUCCUGAACCUCGACGAGGUGUUCCGAAUCAUGGAGCAGCUGGCCGAUGUGACGCUGCGAAGGCUGCUGGACAACGAAAGCUUUGACCUGGAUCCUGAUCUUCAGGAGCUGAGCCAGAUCACCAAGAGAGACCUGGAAGCUAGAGCCCAGAAUGAGUUCUUCCGAGCAUUCUUCAGGCUACCCAGACAGGAGAAGCUGCACGCAGUGGUAGACUGUUCUCUCUGGACGCCGUUCAGUCGCUGUCACACUGCUGGGAGGAUGUUUGCCUCAGACAGCUAUAUCUGCUUUGCCAGCAAGGACAAUGGCUGCUGUAAUGUCAUCCUGCCACUCAGAGAGGUCAUGAGUAUUGAGAAAAUGGAGGAUACAAGCCUGCUUCCUGACCCCAUCAUCAUCAUCGUCCGGAGGGAGAUGGCCUUCCAGUUCAUUGAGCUCAAGGAUAGGGAUAGCUUGGUGGAGAGCCUGCUGCAGCGGCUCCGGCAAGUGCAUGCCCGUCACCCUGCACGCUUCCCGGUCUCCCAGGAUGCAAACCAGGCGUCAUCCAUGUUUUAUUCCACGAGCAUGUGUGGUGAGCACAGAUUUGGGGAGCUGGGUCUGGUGUCACCUCAAGGCAGCAAGGAAGGCGAGAAGGAAGUGAGCCAUGCACCAGAUCUCGAGGUCUUCCAGCAGCCGAAUGGCCAGAGCCCUGAUUUCAGAAUGUCCAGGGAGCAAAUCAAGAUAAGCCUGUGGAAUGACCACUUUGCAGAAUAUGGCAGAACUGUGUGCAUGUUUCGCACAGAAAAGAUCCGGAAGCUUGUAGCCAUGGGAAUCCCUGAGUCUUUACGUGGUGAACUCUGGCUGCUCUUUUCAGAUGCCGUCUCUGACCUGGCCUCUCAUCCGGGCUACUACAGUGCUCUGGUGGAGGAGUCUAUGGGCAAGACCUGUCUAGUGACAGAAGAGAUUGAGCGGGACCUACAUCGCUCCCUGCCAGAGCAUCCCGCCUUCCAGAAUGACACAGGAAUCGCUGCCCUGAGGAGAGUGCUGACAGCCUAUGCGCACCGGAAUCCCAAGAUUGGUUACUGCCAGUCCAUGAACAUCCUGACUUCUGUGCUAUUGCUCUACGCCAAGGAGGAGGAGGCCUUCUGGUUGCUCGUGGCUGUGUGUGAGCGGAUGCUGCCCGACUACUUCAACCACCGUGUCAUAGGGGCUCAAGUGGACCAGUCUGUGUUUGAGGAACUCAUCAGGGACCACCUCCCCGAGCUGGCGGAGCACUUGAGUGACCUCUCAGCCCUGGCAUCCAUCUCCCUCUCAUGGUUCCUGACUCUCUUCCUGAGCAUCAUGCCUCUGGAGAGUGCUGUGAAUGUGGUGGACUGCUUCUUCUAUGAUGGGAUCAAAGCCAUCUUCCAGCUGGGGCUGGCUGUGUUGGAGGCCAAUGCUGAGGACUUGUGCAGCAGCAAGGAUGAUGGCCAGGCCCUGAUGGUGCUCAGCAGGUUUCUAGAUCAUGUCAGGAAUGAGGACAGCCCCGGCCCCCCGAUAGGUAGCCAUCAUGCCUUCUUCUCCGACGAAGACCUGCCGUCUCACCCAGUGACUGACAUUGCUGACCUCAUCCGGGACUCCUAUGAGAAAUUUGGGGACCCAUCUGUGGAGCAGAUCGAGCACCUGCGCUGUAAGCACAGGAUUAGAGUUCUCCAGGGCCAUGAAGAGAUCACCAAGCAGAACGUGCUCCGUGUUGUCACCUCAGAAGUCUCCAUUCCUCCUGAAGACCUAGAUGAGCUCUAUGACUUAUUCAAGAGAGAACACAUGAUAAGCUGCUACUGGGAGCAGCUUGCACCCCUUGCCCUGCGUCACGACCCCAGCAGGCCCUACGCUGAGCAGUACCGCAUUGAUGCGCGCCAGUUCACACACCUCUUUCUGCUUGUCUCGCCUUGGACCUGUGGGGCCCACACAGAGAUUCUUGCUGAAAGGACUUUCCGGCUCCUGGAUGACAACAUGGACCAUCUCAUUGAAUUCAAAGCAUUCGUGAGCGCUCUUGAUAUCAUGUAUCAUGGAGAAAUGAAUGAGAAAAUUAAACUGCUCUAUAGGCUCCACAUCCCUCCAGCGCUCACUGAGAAUGACCGAGACAGCCAGUCACCAUUAAAGAAUCCUCUGCUAUCAACCUCAAGGCCCCUACUUUUGGGGAAGUCAAAAUGUGAUGCAAGUGAUUAUCAGAAACAGCUGAAGCAGAUGAUUAAGGAUUUAGCCAAAGAAAAAGAUAAAACUGAGAAAGAGUUGCCCAAAAUGAGCCAGAGAGAAUUUAUCCAGUUCUGUAAGACCUUGUACAGUAUGUUCCAUGAGGACCCAGAAGAAAAUGAUUUGUACCAAGCUAUUGCCACUGUGACUACCCUUCUGCUACAAAUUGGGGAAGUGGGGCAGAGAAGCAGCAGCUCAGGAAGCUGCUCUGUAGAACAUGGGGAGGACCUGCAGGCUUCAGCACUUUCUCCUGACCAAGACUUGGUUUUCACUGACACUGGAAAGGCUUCCCAGGAUUCCCAGCUAUUCCCUGAAGAGCCUGAAGGGGACUGGACUGUUUCCCUGGAACAUAUAUUAGCAUCACUUCUGACUGAACAGUCACUAGUCAACUUUUUUGAAAAGCCACUGGACAUUAAGUCCAAACUUGAAAACGCCAAGAUCAACCAAUAUAACAUCAAAACUGUUGAAAUGUGCUGCCAGUCCCAGUCAGACCUCAAGCUGAAUAACCUGUAAGAGACAGCAUUGUAACACAGCUAUAUACCAAAGCAAGGACCAGUUUCAAGGGGUCAGCCAUAAGCCAAUUUCUGCUAACUCAUUAAGAAUGCACAAGCCUGCACUUCAAGGAGCUGACAGCCAGUA